ACUGUCCGCCGCCAUUUAUUACAAGCCGCCAUUUUAGAUACUGUCCACAGGCGCAGUAAAACCAUUAAAAACAGAGGACGCUAACGUAAGAUGGAAAACCAGCUUUGCAAACUUUUUGUCGGUGGUCUCAAUGUUCAGACAACGGACGAAGGACUGCGCAAACAUUUCGAGCAGUACGGGCAGCUCACUGAUUGCGUCGUGGUGCAAAAUCAGCAGCUGAAACGUUCUCGCUGUUUCGGCUUUGUGACCUACUCGACGCCCGAGGAGGCCGAUGCGGCCAUGGCUGCUAGGCCCCAUGUCUUGGAUGGUAACAACGUUGAGCUCAAACGAGCGGUAGCCCGAGAAGAUGCGGGAAAACCAGAAGCUCUUGCUAAAGUCAAGAAAAUAUUCGUCGGUGGCCUUAAAGACGACAUCGAAGACAAUCACCUUAUCGAGUGUUUUUCACAGUUUGGCGCCGUCGAGAAAGCCGAAGUCAUCACGGACAAAGAGACCGGUAAAAAGCGCGGCUUCGGUUUCGUCUACUUUGAGGAUAACGACUCUGCUGACAAAGCGGUAGUGCUUAAGUUCCAUACCAUUAAUGGACACAAAGUCGAGGUGAAAAAAGCACUCACUAAGCAAGAGAUGCAAACUGCUGGCGGUCGUGGUGGCCGAGGAGGAAGAGGAGGACGCGGCAUGGGAAGACCUCAGAACGGCUACGGUGGUGGAAGAGGUGGUGGUUACGGAAACUACGGCGGAGGCUAUGGAGGCAACGACGGAGCUUAUGGCGGAGGCUAUGGUGGUGGCUACGGUGGCGGGUAUGGGGGAGGCUACGGGGACCAAAUGGGAGGCUACGGCGGCGGUAACGGCUACAAUGACUUUGGAAGCGGCUAUGGCCAGCAGUCUUCUGGCUAUGGGCCAAUGAAAGAAAUGGAAAAACGGAUGCGUUUAGGUAGUUUCUCAGUUUUGAGUCCAGCUGGUUGAAAAAAAAAACUGCAGGAACUGAAGUUGGGUUGACUGACCUGAUGGAUCUCUCAGCAAAUGAGCAAUGGCAACCUUUGGAAGGCAGUUGCUCACCCCCUCACACAGAGUACUGUGUGAUACAGCAGUGACUGAGUAGAACCUGGUAUGCUGCUGUUUCCAGUAAGUUGCAGCCAUGGAGACAGCUUUUUGCAAGAUAUGGAUUCGACCACGUCACAUCCCUCGACUGAGUUCUGAAGUCUAAAUCUAGUAAAAUAACAAUGAAUGGAAAUUCUUAGGGAGCACACAAUUGUCAUGACAAAUAUGGGAGUUUCUGUGUAUAAGGGUGGCUUGUAAAUGUAAAUGUUUCACUAUUGGUUUAUGGGUUAAUAAAAUGUGAAUUAGACUGUUGUUUGAAUCAGUUUUUCCCAUCUUUAUUUUAAAAUAUAAAA